AUGUUCUCGACAAGGAUAUAUAUUGUGGCGGUUUUAGUAGCGGCGGCGGCGGCCGAUCAAAUGCAGUGGACUCCGUACGGGAACCUUCAAGCCUACGAGCUACAACAAGAUCAGCAGGUACAGCCGAGCGAACAUUCCGGCUUCGACUACGGUGGACACGGAGCCAGCUCCCUGGGAGACCACGGCGACCUCAGCCAGGACUUCGGCGGGCACGACCUCCAAUCGCACUCCUACCCAGUGCACCAGCACGUCGAGGAAGAGAACCCCGAGCCGAUCAAACAUUACAAGGAGGUGGUUGUGCCAAUACCGAAGAAUGUUGAGUUCAAGAUCAACCAGCCCGUGCUGAUCCCCGUACCGCAUCCCGUGCCCAUUCAAGUGCCCGUACCUAAAGCCGUCGUCAUCCCUAUUAUAAAGGAGGUGUCGAUACCGGUCGAGAAAUCGGUACCGUACCCUGUAGAGAAGACGGUGCACGUACCGAAGAUAAAGGAGGUCCCAUUUGAGGUCGUGAAGCAUAUUUUGGUGCCAGUCGAGAAGCCAUUCCCGUUCAAAGUGCCCGUCUACGAGACCGUCAUCCACACGAAGAAGGGAUCCCAUAAGAUA